GGGGUCCUGCGGACGACGGCUUCGUGGGCGGUCACUGUUCUCCCCUAGGUUGGGAGAAGGGACAUCCGAACCAAAGCCACUUGCGGUCGGCCGCGAGAUGGCCCCCGCCCGGGUGACCAUAGAGUGAUGCAGGCUGGCAGAGGGGACACAAGCCCGCGCCGCUCCGUCUCGGCUUCCGGCAGCGCCUCGCUGCUCCGGGAGCGGGUGGUGCCGCGUACGCAGUUUCCAUGGGGACUGAAGAUGGCGGCGCCAGGUGAGAUUGCGGAGGUAAAAGGUUGUCCUCAACCCCCCUGGAAAUCCUGUUCUUUCUAAACGGGUGGUAUUAUGCUACCUAUUUCCUGCUGGAACUCUUCAUAUUUCUAUAUAAAGGUCUCCUGCUACCAUAUCCAAUGGCCAACCUAGUACUGGAUGUGGUGAUGCUCCUCCUUUAUCUUGGAAUUGAAGUCAUUCGACUAUUUUUUGGUACAAAGGGAAACCUCUGCCAGCAAAAGAUGUCACUUGGUAUUAGCGUGGCUUUGACCUUCCCAUCUGCCAUGAUGGCCUCCUAUUACCUGCUGCUGCAGACCUACGUGCUCCGCCUGGAAGCCAUCAUGAACAGCAUCUUGCUCUUCUUCUGUGGCUCAGAGCUGCUACUUGAGGUGCUCGCCCUGGCCGCCUUCUCCAGUACGGACAGGAUUUGAAGUACAAAAAUUUCAGCCAAUAGCCCAUCAAGCUGACACCACACAUACUUCUGGUACUUUAGUCACACCAGUGAGAAUUGGUGGGUCAAGUUGUCCUGGGAAAGGUUGUGCAGCACAGACAUUUGGGCAACCAACCCAGCAUAAGGCCAGUGGGCACCAUCUUCCAAACCAGGACCAUCAACUGAAGAGACUCUUGUAUACUCCAGUAUAGGGAGGGGCAGGGCUAUCCCCAUCCUGGCCCUUCUCAGAACCAAUUCCCUGCUGACCUCAAGUUCACCUCUUUGAUCAUUGUGGCCAGAGCAUCUUCUGUGGACCAUCUAGGCUCCUUGGGCUUCCAGCAGGACUUGAGCCACAUGCCCCCUUCAUGUGCUGUGCCACACCUGUCCUGCAUGAGCACCGAGAGCCUCAUGUUCGUGGGCUCCCAGAGUGAUGCAAAAGCCUCUCACCGCAUUCCUCAAGGAGACUGAGCUCCAGAACUUUUUUAGUAGCUCCUAGUGUUAUUUUUCUACUCUCAUCAUGAAACAAACAUUAAUUUUAUAAUAAAUAUGUAUUUUCUGUUGU